AUGCCACCAAAGAGAAAAGCAUUGUUAUUGGAUGAGAGUGAUUCUGCAAACGCUUCAGCAUCACAUACAGCAGACACAACUAGUACUACAACGACUACGACUUCAACUUCCACAUCAUCAAUAUCAUCAACAUCAUCAACAUCAUCGACAAUAGCAAAGGCUGAUUCUAUUAUAUCAUCAUCAGCGGCAGACCUAUGCACAUGUACAUUCUGGUCCUGGAAACAAUCAGAGAUUGAUUGGCCACUGUUCUCCGUGCCCGACUGUGAACUGAUCGAGACCGCCUACGCCAAAGACCCAAAGAGUUCCACCGAACAGAAGUUAUCCGAUCAAAUCUAUGUCAAUUUCCUCGACAACACAUAUCACAAGGGUGAUUCAGAUAAGAAGACAUUGAAGAGAUGCGAGAUGGGCUUGGUAUGGUCUUGGGAGAAGUCAAGAGGAGAGUUCUACGCAUUUGAUAAUACUAUUUCAAAGAAGAUUGAGAUUGCUCAUAAGAAGGGACAGUCUAAAGUCAGCAUCGACACUGAUCGUUUCAUCAACCUGUCCUCUUUUGAACAGGUUCGUUUUGAUGAUGAAUCAAAGACACGUCGUGUCACCCGAUCAUAUUGUGACAUGACCAAACUCCAAUCACCAUCAUGGUUUGCUGAAGACAAUGGUGCAUGGUCAUUGAUGGCGGACAGUGCAGAUAUCGAGACAAAGUACCAAUACUUCUUGAAACAUGGAAAGAACGUGGCGCAUGAGGUCGACUCUGGAAAGAUAAGAUUCAAUUUGAUGACAAAGGAGGAGAAUGGCAAAUCAGUCAGGGUCAAGCGUGAUAAUGGUCCAGCUUCAGCGUUGAAGAAGACUUAUUCUCAGCUGUCAGAGGAGGAGAAGAAAGAGUUGAUCACACAGAUGUUGUCGGGAGGCGUGAGCGAUGCCAACAAGACAGCCGCGUCCAACAAGAAGUUAAAGACAGACAGUGGCGCAUCGAGCAAGAGUGGUGGCAGCAGCUCAGGUGGUCUAUUCCUGCCCGGUGAGGAGGAUAUCAUUGAAGGCGACAAGCCAAUGAAGUAUAUACUGAAGCCCGCCAGACACUUUGACAACUCGAUCGCCGACCUUCACUUUAGGACGGCCGAGUCGCAGUUCUACCGUCUGCUGGACUCGACCACCAGCUACAAGGUCAGCAAGGUGGAGUACAUCGUCAACCCCAAGCUGCUCAAGAACUUUGACAAGAAGAAGGAGGAGUUUGUCAAGGCCAACUAUCCCGACUGCCACCCCGUGUUUGGUUUCCACGGCACGGCCUCCAAGAACAUCCUGUCGAUCUGCAGCAACAACUUCUCUGUGCCAGGCAGCAACGGUGUCAAGCACGCCACAGACAGUGGAUGGUAUGGCAAAGGAAUCUACUUUAGUGAGUUCCCCGAGUACAGUAUUGGAUACAUCUCUGAUUGCUCAAAGAUCCUGCUAUGCAAGGUGCUCCUGGGCAAGUCAUACAAGUGUUCAGGUCUGAUCACAGGACAGCCAUGUCAAACUGGAUAUACAUCACAUUUGUCACCUGAUGAGAAGGAGUUGGUCAUCUUCCAUCCUGAUCAGAUCUUGCCAGCCUACAUCGUACAUUACACAAACGAGAAUGCCACAACAAACGAUGGCUCAUCUGAAUAUUGGAAUGUCAACCUGUUAGGUUCGACUAACAACUUGCAUGGAGUAAAGAUAUGCCUGUCUGGUAAUCUUGCAGCCAAUCAUACAACUAUGCAUUCAUUGAUCUCAAAGCAUGGUGGAAGUUAUGCUAGUAGUGUAGUGGCAGGUGUCACCCAUGUCGUCACAACACAUACAGACUAUGUUAAUAGGACCGCAAAGGUAUCAUCGGCCGAAGGCAGUAACAUUCCAGUGGUCAAUCAGAAGUGGCUGUACGACUCUAUUAAGGGCGGACUGCAAUCAACGUCAGACUACUCAUUCGCACUGAAGCAGGCCACAAAGAAGCAGGAGAUCAAGGCUGUGCCACUGGAGAUUGACGACCUUGCCGCAGCGGCAUCACUGGCUUCCAAUGGUGCCACUUUGGACGCUGCACCCGCCAAGCCCAUGUGCAAGUAUGGUGCCACAUGCUACAGAAAGAACGCUCAACACUUCAAAGACUUCUCACAUCCAUUCAUUCUGGACUGA